CCCAACUGGCUGCAGCCACCACAGAGGACCCCGCCUUCCAGUCCAGUGGCCCCAGAGGCAACAACUACAACAACACUGCUAUGGAGGCCAAAUCUACUGUGGAACAGGGGGACACAGAGGGGGAAUAGAGUCUGGACAGACAGAGAAGUGUCCCCCUGACACUCACAACGCAGCGCUAUGUGGAACUGUAGGGUUGAGGUUCAAGCAGACACUACGUCACUGCCAAAUCUAAGGGUAGAGCUCGACAAUUCAAGUCCCUUGGGUGCUGCCAUGGAGUUACAUUAGAAGUUCACAUCCAAGAAGGCUCAAGGUCAUUGGCCACAACCAUUACACAACAAGUUGGAAAUAGCAAAUUCAACAAUUAGUGGUUUAGAAGGGAUCAGUGGCUAACUGCAAGCAUUACAAAGGACUCACUAAUCUGCUAUUCAGUGGAGUUGGUGUGUGGUCCCAAUUUUCAGUUUAAGGUUGUCUUUUCCAAAUUUAAAAUGAUAAACAUUCAAUAUUGACCAUGCUGUCAAUCCAGCAUGAUUUAUGCUGCGCUCAAAACAACUGUUAACUCAGAACUGGAAAAUCUGACUUCAGUGAAUUCAAGACAACAGAACUCAAGCUCCGACUGGGAAAAUACGUUUUGAAAGGUCAUCUAACUCGGAAUUGUAAAUCAGGAACUCGGGCCUCUUUCUAGACCUGAAGAUCACUGAAGUCAUCAUGAUUCAACCUUGUUUUUUUUUGAGUUCCCAGUUGUCUUGAAAGCACCAUAAAUCCAGAGAAUGCCUGACUUUGAUGACAAAGUUUGAUGAAAAAAUUUGCCCACGAAGGACCGCCACGCCACUUUCCUGUUCAAUUGAGCACAGCACAACAAGGUUAGUCCAAAAAUGUCUUGUAUGCUGCUGCAUAAAUGAUGUAAUAUAACAGGGAGAUAUGUAUACUGUAGCUAAGAAAGUAAUACUAAGUGUAUGUUGUAUAGUAAGCUGUUAGUAACCCAUGUACCUCACCCUAAUAAUGUGGUCUAUUUUCCCCUCUUAAUUUCACCUAUUGUUCUGACUUGGUGGUGCACAUGUAGCCUAUAACCUGUUUUAGAGAAAUGUAAUCAUUGGAUAUUGUAAGAGCUUUCAUUGUCUGCUUAUAUGCCCCCUUUAUUUAUCCUACGGUUCUGACUUGGUGCACAGGGAGAACACUGUAACAAUGGCCCAUGUUCUGAAAUCUGUCGCUGUACAUUUCAAAUGUGCUGAACAAAUAGUUGACCACGUCCGUCCUAGCUCGCUCAUUAAUGUCUGAAAUUACAGAUUGCCUCUUUAAAAAACAAGCUGAUAUGGCUGACUUGCUUAAACAAAUGUGGUUUCUACUGACAAUUGAGAUGUACAAACUAGAGCAUAAUGGGACGACAAGCAGAUAAAAGGCAGUAAAUGAGGCUGGAUUAGCUGUUUCGCUGCCAGAGAAAGCUCUGCUGAUAGCCAGGUGUAGCAGUGGAAAGGUGUUGGGACUGCUGUUGGGACAGCUUUAUGUAGGCCCUAACAGUUUGUGGGCCUCGUUUGUCACCGUUAUAGUGCAAUUAAUGUAUUGUUUAGUGUUGUGUUGAGUAGUGACUUUGCUGGCAUGCACCCCCAAUUUUUGGGGGGGUUUGCCCAACCAGGAUUUGCAUGCUAAAAUCGCCAUUGGGUUCAAGUUUCCAGAUUUCAACGGACUGUCCACCUGAAACAACUUUUCAUCCCCAACGGUUACUCUCUGCCAGGUUCCCCGAAGAAGAAGCAAGCCACCUUCGCAAAUUUAAACAGAGGCUCGAAAGGCAUUAAAAAUCAGCCGCAACAGCUAAGGUCUCGCUCGGCCAAGAGGCAGCUCCGGUGCAGCCACUGCUCCAAGCACUUCUCCCACAGCCACCAGCUGAAGAUGCAUGAGAGGGUGCACACCAGAGGGGAACCGUUUCAAUGUGUCUACUGCGGGAAGUGCUACAAACAGUCAACACUCUCCUAGGUACAGAUCUAGGAUCAGAUUCCUCUCCCCCAAUCCUAACCUUAACUAUUAGUGGAAAAAAAAUCAAAAACAAACCCAAGAUCAGCUUCUAGGGGCAACUUCACACUACUCCACCUGGCGCAAUGAUUGACAAGGCCAGGAGUUUUUGCUGUGAUCAGACCAGUGAAAAACUCCUGGCCAUAGUUUAAGGGGAAUGACUCCACACUUCUGGGGUUUUCAUAUGAAAACUGGGUCCAUGUGUUUUUGACAGUUUGAUUGGAUUCCACAUUUAACGCUACCCUCUUUGUGUAGUGGUUGUGUAUUUAGGUCAACUAGCUUGAUGCUUGGUCCAGAGUGGAUUGCUAAUGUAGAAGUUAUUACAGGUGAAAAUUCUAAACAUCCUUAUGAAUUUAUAUUGAUGCAGUGGUGAACCAAAGUACAGUAAUUAAGAAUUUAAAUGUCCCUUUGCCUCUCAGCAAAAUAUAUUUACUGUUUACUAUUUAUAAUAGAAAUACCACAUAUAGUGCAAUGCUUUAUUUAUUUUUAAAUCAUGAAAUAUUGUUUAAACCAAAUAUCAUGUUUAUAAUAGCUACAACAUUGUUGUGGUGGAGCACUCCUGUACAGUAGGUGGCGCAUAUGAUCACAUGAAAGUGAUGAUGAGGAACAGGAAAAAAAUAAUCUCAACAGCAAGCUAACGUUACAAACAAAGCUAGCUAGCUAUCGAUGUUCAUUUUCUGAUAUUAUUGCAUUUGUUUUAAUAGCUUACAAGAUAACUGUAUAUCGUCAUAAUAUAUAAAAGAUAAAGACUGUUUUCAUCUUGAAAAAAGGGACCAAAAGCGUCGGGGGACAAUGUCGGGUUCCGUGGUCGACUUCCAGGUGCAGAUAGCCUCAAUCAUGGAGGUGCUAGCCAACGCGGCUGUAACCGAAAUCUGCAAAGUUGUUGACGAUGGCUAUGCGGUUGUACACCUGAAGAUGUCCCAAAGCCACAAGGAGAACGAAUUUCUCCGGAGGAAAGUGAAGUUGAUGGAACUUCAGAUCGCGAGGUUUCGAUCUGAGAGAACAAAAUUUUCAGAUGGGUCCGUCCACAAUCGCUUCCAUGGAAUACGCCUGCUAAACAGACAUAACAAUCGAGAGACUGCAACGACAGGACCUACUUGGCAAAGCAGAAACGGACUUUCCAACAGGAGUUUUGGGAACAGCAGCAUACCAAGAGACAGACAGCCCAUAGACGUGGACCAAGAGGAUGUCUCUCCAUCAAAGCAUAUGGAUACUAAGAGUGAUGAGAAGUCAGCAGAGACAGAGGAAGGGGAACCAGACCUGCUGAUCAUCAAGGUGGAGGGAGAAACAGAUGACCAGGACUCUAGGAUCAGCCACCCAGCCAGAACAGUGGAGGGCAGCAGAGAGCUAACCACCCAACUGACUGCAGCCACCACAGAGGACCCCGCCUUCCAGUCCAGUGGCCCCAGAGGCAACAACUACAACAACACUGCUAUGGAGCAGUCAGCAGAGACAGAGGAAGGGGAACCAGACCUGCUGAUCAUCAAGGAUGAGGGAGAAGCAGAUGACCAGGAAUCUAGGUCCAGACACCCAGCCAGAACAGUGGAGGGCAGCAGAGAGCUAACCACCCAACUGACUGCAGCCACCACAGAGGACCCCGCCUUCCAGUCCAGUGGCCCCAGAGGCAACAACAACUACAACACUGCUAUGGAGGUCAGUGGAUCUGACGCCGUCCUCCUCCAAUCAGAAACAGGGAAUGUGAACCAGGGACCCCAGCAGCACACAGGACUUGAACCCAGAGCAGAGAGACAGAGUCUGGACACUAAGUGUGACAUGAACGGGGACCUCAAUCUCCUAAGAGAUUCUUUAAACCAGGUGUGGAGAGAGGCAGUAGCGACUAAUGAUGAUACCUCUGCUGCUCACACUAAAGUAAUGGACCUAGGGAGUGGCCCAGUGGGGCCAGAAACACAGAGUAGCUCGGCCAUGGAAAUGAGAAGUGUAGGGUUAGAAAACCACAGGUUUUCCCCCAAGUCGUUCCAUUCCUCAUCAGAACAUGUGAUAGUGAUUGACUCCGUAUCCAGUGGGCAGCAGGUAGAUAGAGGUUUCGAGUGGGGUCAGGUGGGUACAGCUACUACACCACAGGUCAAUGGGACUGGAAAUAAGCAGGGAGUGGGAGGGUUUAACAGAAAUGCACCAAUGAUUCACCCCGUACACCCCGAUUCAAUGAGAGACAACACAACGCUAUUGGUAGCACCCGGUUUCCACCCUACAGAGAAAAAUACAGGCAUGCAUUUUGACACAGGACAUGCAAGUGAGGCCAACAAAGCUAGUUGGUGUUCAUUGGCAAGCCUCCAUAGACACUCGGAAAUACCAGGAAGAGGAGUUCAACAACCAGCUCAUACCUCACUUCCUGAUUGCCAUUUUAGACCAAGCGCCACAACUUCCUCUCACUCCAGUAAUUUCGCCACACACUUUAGACCUGGCACUGUAGAACGACCAUACGGUUGCCCGAACUGCCAUAAAAAGUUUCUCCACGAGAGCGACUUACGGCAUCACAUGAUCAUCCACACCAGGAAGCGAGCGUUCGCCUGCACGUUGUGUGAGAAGAGCUUUGUGUCCCCUAGCAAGCUCCAAGUGCACCAGAACGUCCACACUGGAGAGAAGCCCUUCAGUUGUGCACAGUGCGGACGCAGGUUCUCUCACUCCAGCAAUCUGAAUAGACAUCAGAAGCUUCAUCAUUGAGAAGUGACACAGAAUCAAGAGAUUCCUAUGGGAAAAAAGCUAUGGAUUAGAAUUAUGUCAGGUUUUUGCAAUACUCUAUGAAAGUCCUGCCUACUUCCUGGAUCAUGUACCUUGCAUUUUCUUUAAUGGGUUUUAAGAGUAAAUAAUAAAAUUCAUGAAAACGCUGUCAUUUGAUAUACAGUUGGGUCCAAAAGUAUUUGGACAGUGACACAUUUUGUUGUUGUUUUGGCUCUGUACUCCAGCACUUUGUUCAUAUUUAUUAUUUUUAUGCCGAAAACUCUCACUCAUCAUUAUUUACAAUAAAAGUGACUCCAAAAUGACACAAUACAUUAUGUACCAUUCACAGCUUCUACCCUCAAGCCAUUAGACUGCUAAACUGUUAAUCAAACGGCUACCAAGACAAUUUGCAUUGACACCCUUUUUUACACUGCUGCUACUUGCUGUUUAUCUAUGCAUAGUCACUUUACCCCUAACUACAUGUACAUAUUACCUUGACUAAACUGUACCCCCGCACAUUGACUCUGUGCCUGUACCCCCCUGUAUAUAGCAUCGUUAUUUUAUUGUGUUACUUUUUUUCUUUCAUUUAUUUAUUUUGUACAAAUAUUUUCUUACUUACUUUAAAAUAAAUUCUGCAUUGUUGGUUAAGGGCUUGUAAGUAAGCAUUUCACGGUAAUGUCUACUACACCUGUUCUAUACGGUGCAUGUGACAAAUACAAUUUGAUUUGAUUUUAUUUAUUUAUUUUACCGUUAUUUUACCAGGUAAGUUGACUGAGAACACGUUCUCAUUUGCAGCAACGACCUGGGGAAUAGUUACAGGGGAGAGGAGGGGGAUGAAU